AUGCUUGUCGGCGGCCUGUUUUCCAUCCAUGCAAGUGUGCAGAUGUGGCCAAAGCCCUCCUGCCCGGGGCCAGGGAGUUGGCACAGGCACCCGCCAGGCAGCCCAGAGCACGGGGCCCCAGAGGCAGGGUACCCAGGCCCUGGCCUGAGCCCCCGAAAACUGAGCCAGGGCCGCCCUGCCACUUCUGGGGUGGGGCUCCUGCAGAGUCUCAGCGUGGCACUAGCCCCCGGCCCCUGGCCCCCACACUGGCCAGGCCUGACCCGGGCAUUGGGCACCGGGGCCCUCGCCCUCCCCGAGCCAGCAGGCCUCCCGCUUGGACCCGUGGUGGCUCUGCCCACGGGGAGCGUGCGGUCUCCCUGGGUGGAGGCCAGGCCGGCUGGCCGGGACGCCCAAGGACAGCACAGCACCGGGCGGCGGCGUGCGCACCCUUCCUGGGGCGCCAGGCAUGGUCUGGGGGCUGAUGCUCCAUCGAGGGGGUGCGGGGCUGUGGGAAAGGGGCUUUUUGGAGCCCUAUUUCAAGAGCUGAUGGAGGGUCCUGGGGGCCUUCAGCAGGGGACAAGCAGCUGCCAGGGUCCCAGUGCUUGCCCCAAGCAGCACCCGCCUGGAGCCCAGGAGCGUGCGGUGCCCACCGGGAAGCGGCCGCCCUGCCAAGGGUGCCCGGUCGGAGCAUCUCUGAAACGGCCCGCUGUCUGCUGGAAGCCCCCAGAUGGGGCGCACCGCUGGCAUCCCCAAGGCACCCCUGAAACGCUGCCUCAAUUAGGCGUCACUGAAAUGCUCCUGAGAGGGGCCAUGGCGGGCGGGGGGCAGGGGUCCUUCUGUGAAGUGGCUCAUCUCGGGGUGCCCAUGUGCUGUGGGCACGGGACGCUUGUGCAGGCCUUGGUUUCCCGGGCGCUGCUCCCAGGGGGGACUGUACAUGUGGGGCUGGCUCUGGGGGACAAGGGGAGUCCUGCAGGCCCUGCCAGCCCGGGGCAGGCGGCUCAGUGUCCAGCGGGAGGGCACAGCCUGGGAGCCCUGGGGACCGUGGGACCCACGCCCGGUCUGAGCGUGGAGAAAUCCCUCAAAGCCUUUUGCAGGGAGAAAAGGCCAGAGGAGUGGCCUGGCCUCUUCCAAGUGGCCGUGGGGAGCGGUGGUCAUAGGGACAGCAGCGGCAACAUCAACUCAGAGCCAGACCCAGAAAUGACUCCCCAGAGGCAGUCCUCAGGGUCCCCAGGCCAGCCCUCAGCUCGGGACCCCAAACUCCACUCUGCCCCCUCCUCCUCGCCCCGCUCUUGCUGCACACCACCCCACCCGGGCCAGGCGGGGCCACAGGCCUGCGGAAGGCGGCAGGAAGAGCGGCUGCUGCAACUGCAAGAGGGUCCCGUGCCCCCCGCAGAUGGACUGUGCCGGCCGGCGGGGCCACAGGCCAUCGGGGGGCCGUCAGCACCGUGCUCCCCACUGUCGUUCAUCCUGCUGGGGUGGCCGCCUCUCUGGGGAUACCCCCACCAUACCCCAGCCCAGGCUCCACCCCAGCCCCGCUCUGCGGUGGGCUCCACGACCCAGCAGGGCCCAUCUCCCUGCACCCCCCACUCCCUCCUGACCGCCCCCAUCUAUGCGGCCCCAGGAAGGCUGUCCCUGGUCCACGACGCCAGCUGUUUCUCAAGGAUAGGUAUUUCCGACCCGGCCCGGCCCGCAGAGGCCUUUUCGGGGGCCGCUUCCCCUUCCUUGCUAAUCCUGUUUCCUGUGUUUAUCCCGCUGGGCCCAGAAGGAAGCCGCCUCGGAGGCCAUGGGAGGGACAGUCCCGGUCUCCGGCCUGAGUGGCACCUGAGUCCCCAGAGUUUGCGCAGUCCCCCGACCCCAGAGCUGCAGAAUCCACGCAGGACAGACAUGAGGCAGGAGCUGGGGGCUCUCGUGGUCCCAGCGGGGGACCCAGUCCCAAGCCCGCCUGUGGGGAAGGCUUUCCUGUUCCCCGUUACAGCAGCAGAGACAUCCUGGGGGAUCCAGGGUCGCCAGAAGGAGCGUCAGGGCCUGAGGACCCUGCAGCCCUGGGCAGGCAGAUCCCUGGGGGCCAUCCCGCCCAGCUGGAUCAUAGGCCGUCAGGGCAGGUCGGAGCCCCUGGGGAAGCCCCUGGGUGCUUCUGAGCGCGUGGCCGGGACACCCUCUGCUGCGGCCCGCCAGGGGGGACUGCUCCAGUCAUCCGCCCCCUUCCUGUGCCAGGAGGUGGGAGGAGGGGCCCAGCCAGGGAGGGAGGCAUGGAAGGACCCCGCCGAGCAGACCUCGCCCACCAGCCGAGGAGGAGGGACCCUGGGCUGCCUGGGAGACGCCGAGACGAAGAGGCCACCAGCACCAGAGUGA